CACCUUUUUUCCCCUUUUCUUUUUUGCAUUUGAUGUUCCUGGGUGUUUUGCAUCAAAGCAAGUCUUGCAACAGUUCAAACAAGACCAAAAAACAGAGAUAGAUAGAAAAGCAGGCGCUCCCCACCCCCCCCCACUCCAUCCCGGUUUCCCUUUCCUUUUUAAAAUUAAAUCCUAAGAAUCAGAAUCCGAACAGGUUGAUCUCGUCAGAGAAGUGCCAAAGAAGAGAGACGGGUGCUUAGUGCUGCCGGCGGUGGGUCGCUGAGGAGGCAAAGCGGCGGAGGGGAGGAAAGGAAGAGAGAGAGAGGGAGAGAGGAGAGAGAGAGAGAGAGGGAGGGAGGGGAAGGGAGAGAAAAAAAACACAGAAAGCGCACACACACAGAAAGAGAGAGAGAGAGAGAGAGAGAGACAGAAAACAAGCCCCGCGAGCUUCCAAGGCUCCUCGGAUCUGGAAAGAGAAGUGAGACUGGAGAAAGUACAGCGAUGCCAAGGAGGAAACAGCAGGCACCCAAACGGGCAGCAGGUUACGUCCAAGAUGAUGAUUUGAAAGAGGAGGAAGACGUAAAAGAGGAAGAAGAGGAUGACGAUGAGAGCAACUCGACAGCUCGUCUUCAGGGCAGCAAUGACCCUGGCACAGAUGAAGAACAUGAUGCAGGCCCCGACCCAAAAGGUGGCUUUAGCUACCAGAACUCUCCAGUAAGUCAUAUCUCUAAUCAGGAUGUUGAAAACGAAUCCCUGUUAAGUGAUGCGAGUGACCAGGUGGCGGAUAUUAAAAGCCUUUGUUCUAGAGAGCCACAAGACCCCAAAGCCAAUGUCCACCCCAAACUUCCCAGCGAAGCACAUAGCUGCAUGGAUAAAAUGACAGCGGUAUACGCCAACAUCCUUUCAGAUUCUUACUGGACAGGUCUAGGACUCGGACUCAAGCUGUCCAACUCGGAUAAGAGGGGCUGCGACAACAGGAACGGGGCAAGCAAAAGUGACUUUGAUUGGCACCAAGACGCACUGACCAAGAGCCUGCAGCAGAGCUUACCAGCACGGCCUGUCUCCAAACCAAACCUUUUCAGCUCGGUCCAGCUCUACAGGCAAAGCAGCAAAAUGUGCGGGACUGUAUUCACCGGCGCCAGUAGGUUUCGGUGCAGGCAGUGCAGUGCUGCCUACGACACCCUGGUGGAGCUGACUGUCCACAUGAACGAAAGUGGUCAUUAUCAAGAUGACAACCAUAAGAAAGACAAGCACAGGCCUGCCAGCUACUCCAAGCCCCGCAAAAGGGCCUUUCAGGACAUGGAUAAAGAAGAUGCCCAGAAAGUCCUGAAGUGCAUGUUCUGCGGCGACUCCUUCGAUUCCCUUCAAGAUCUAAGCGUCCACAUGAUAAAAACAAAACACUACCAAAAAGUGCCUUUGAAGGAGCCGGUGCCUACCAUUUCUUCCAAAAUGGUAACUCCAGCUAAAAAACGUGUGUUUGACGUCAACAGGCCUUGUUCUCCAGACUCGACCACGGGGUCGUUUGCAGAGACCUUUUCUUCCCAGAAGAAUGCAAACCUGCAGCUGUCCUCCAACAACCGCUAUGGCUACCAAAACGGAGCCAGCUACACGUGGCAGUUCGAGGCGUGCAAAUCACAGAUCCUCAAGUGCAUGGAAUGCGGGAGCUCGCACGACACGUUGCAGCAGCUCACCACACACAUGAUGGUAACGGGCCACUUCUUGAAGGUCACAAGCUCGGCCUCCAAGAAAGGAAAGCAGCUUGUUUUGGAUCCGCUGGCUGUGGAGAAGAUGCAGUCGCUUUCUGAAGCGCCGGCUGGCGGUGAUGGUCUGCACGUGAAGCCCUCCAGUAACGCGUCGACGGAUUCUGCAGCUCCUGCUUUGGAGCUGAAGAAAGAAAGGAAGCAAAACAAAACGGAGGAAGUGAGCAAAGACGAGAAAGCGGUGAAGAGCGAAGACUACGAAGACACUCUUCAGAAACCGCUGGACCCUACGAUAAAAUACCAAUAUCUUCGGGAGGAAGACCUGGAAGAUGCUUCCAAAGGUGGUGGAGACAUUUUGAAGUCUUUGGAAAACACGGUUACCACUGCGAUCAAUAAAGCUCAAAACGGAGCACCCAGCUGGAGUGCGUAUCCUAGUAUCCAUGCAGCUUAUCAGCUUUCAGAAGGAGCAAAGCCUUCCUUACCAGUGGGGUCCCAGGUGUUGCAAGUUAGGCCAACGGUCACGAAUAAGCUGAGGCCUAUUGCUCCAAAAUGGAAAGUAAUGCCUCUGGUUCCUAUCUCAGCUAACAUGGCCCAAUGCACUCAAGUGAAGAAGGAAGGAGACACCAAAAAGGAAUCACAAAAGGACCAUGUUAAAGAGGGCAACAAAGUUGUGGAUGCAGCCCCUGCCUGUCAAAAUGAAGGUCACUCCCCCCCUCAAGUUGAGGUGUGUGUAGAGCCUAAAAAGCCAGAGCCAAGUCCUUUGAAAGAAGAGGACAAGGCAAAAGAUGAGGAGGAGAAAGACAAAACAAAUGCAAAGGAAUCGGCACCAUCAGCUCUUACCAAUGGGUGCACUACUUCUAACCACUCCUCUGAGCUGCCUUGUCUAAACCCUCUGAGCGCUCUGCAGUCUGUGCUGAAUAACCACUUGGGCAAAGCCAACGAGCCUUUGAGACCUCAGUCCAACACCAGCCCCAGUUCAAGUGCAGCCUCUAUGUUCCACAAACCUAAUUUAAACAUGAUGGAGAAGCCAGUUCUGUCUCCCACCCCAGCACCAACGAAACCUGCAACCGUUACAUCCAGGCAUUAUGUGUUCGAAAACAGCGAUCAGCCAAUAGACCUGACCAAAUCUAAAAGCAAGAAGGGAGAGUCUGUUCAAGCACAAUCUUGCACUUCCCCACCUCAGAAACACGCCCUGUCUGACAUUGCAGACAUGGUCAAAGUUCUCCCCAAAGCUACGACGCCAAAACCUGCUGCCUCGUCCAGAAUACCAUCGAUGAAACUGGAAAUGGAUGUCCGGCGUUUUGAAGAUGUCUCAACAGAAGUCUCCACGUUGCACAAAAGAAAGGGAAGGCAGUCCAACUGGAAUCCUCAACAUCUCCUCAUUUUGCAAGCUCAGUUUGCUUCCAGCCUUUUCCAAACUUCCGAAGGUAAAUAUUUAUUGUCAGACUUGGGUCCUCAAGAACGCAUGCAGAUUUCCAAAUUUACUGGACUGUCCAUGACUACGAUCAGCCAUUGGUUGGCAAAUGUCAAGUACCAACUCAGAAAAACUGGAGGAACAAAGUUUCUGAAAAACAUGGAUAAAGGGCACCCCAUCUUUUAUUGCAGUGACUGUGCAUCUCAGUUUAGAACCCCGUCAACGUACAUCAACCAUUUAGAAUCCCAUCUAGGUUUCCAAAUGAAAGACAUGAACAAGCUGGCUGUGGAGCAGCAAACCAAGGUAGAACAAGAAAUCUCCAGAAUUUCAGUUCAAAGGUCUCCGGAAACAAUAGCUGGAGAAGAGGACACAGACUCUAAGUUCAAAUGUAAGUUGUGCUCUCGGACAUUUGUGAGCAAACACGCAGUAAAACUUCAUCUAAGCAAAACACACAGCAAGUCGCCAGAACACCAUUCACAGUUUGUAGCAGAAGUGGAUGAAGAAUAACUCCUAAGGUAUGCAUGCCUUAACUGCAAAAUGAAUUUAAAUAUUAUGUUUAUCAAAGGAAGGCUCUCAAAGCACUUCUGCUUUCUCAAAACAAUUGUGUUUUCCAGGGUGCCCAUUUCUUUCCGGACAGUGGCUCCUCUGCCUGUAACUGCUGCAUGAUGGGACAAAUUUAAGAGGUGCAACUGCUUCCAUGAUGGGAAAAACUUUGCUUUUUUUUGUGUCAUUUUGCUCAGCCAGGCUGCUGUUAAAGGCACAGGAACCUCUGCCAAGAAAAAAAAUUGGCAACCUCGUUUGCUGUUGACACUAUGUUCCCACUUAGCUAUCCAGUCCAUUAAUCUUGCAUUUGAAAAGCAAAGCAUGAUGAACACUUCACUCUAAUGGCUUCUAUUGAAAUUGUAUUUGCUUGUAAUAUUUUAAGCAUCUGUGUCACCCUUUUGUCCCAUAAUCUGCACAGAGGAGUGGGAGUCACAGCAACUCGGAUGGCGUUGUCAUGUGUUUUCAGUGUCGUUUCAGACAUGGAUUGCCACAUUUGAUGAUGAUUUCCUUAUGGUUUCAAGGACCUCUUUCACUGCUUCUCCUUACACUGCCCAUUUGAUUGUGCAUCAGGUCUGUCUAAAUCAGAGGAGGCUAACCUGUGAUACCCCCCCCCGAUGUUGCUCAACUACAACUCCCAUCACCCCAACCAUUGACCAUGCCGGCUGAGACUGAUGGGAGCUGGAGUCCAACAACAUCUGGGGGACAACAGGCUAGCAAUCCCAGUCUAUAACCUUUUGUCCUGUAAGACCUCCAACAGCCUCCUUAUUUGUUCUGAUGCAAUGUAAGGUGGGAUGUCCAAAGCACAGUCAUUGGGUGCAUACCAUGUUCAAUCACUAUUAGUCUCCAUGAGUACUGGGGUUAGAUGGAACAAUGGUCCAAUUCAUCACAAGGCAGCUUCACGUGGUCCUAUGGCUUACCAGGACGCCAAGCGAUCAUACUCUCUUGUAAAGGGACUCUCUGCAAAUGAGCUCCCAAAGGUUGUAAAAGCUACUAUAUAUAUAUAUGCCUACAUCCAAGCAGCCUUUUGAGGGGAAAGAGCUCAAUGAGGAAGUGGAAACUGUUCCAGGGGCCCCCGCACCACAACAAGCAGGUGCUAGGCAGGCAGAAAAGCAAGGUAGGCAUGAAAUCCACAUCAGAUAGUCCAAAGAGGCACGAGAGAUGGGAAGCAGGAGUACCUUAUCCUAUUUAUAAAGUUUUAUACUGCUUUUUUAUGUCUGAAGUUAAAAUUUAAAAAUGGUAAAAACAAGACACUUGCAUUUCAUCUCUCCACACUUCUGGGGUCUUCCUGAAGCGAGGAUGGGGAACCUGCAGCCCUCCAGGACUGCUGGACUCCAGCUCUCAUCCUCCCGCUUAUGCAUAGACAAUGGGCAGCGAUGAUAGAGUUGUAGUCCAGCAACAUCUAGAGGGCCCCCUCUGUUCUAAAGGGAGAAGUGCAUUCCAUCCCCUUUCUCUGUCCAGCACCCGGAAGCACAGGGAGAGGAGAUGCAUGUCACACUUCCCCUCUCCCCACUUCUAUGGAGCAUCCCAAGGGGCUUUACUUAGGUGUCAAUGUCCAAGCUUACCUUGCUAUAUAGCUCCCGCAUGCCUAAUCUGUGUGCUGAUUAAGAGCCCGAGAACCCCGGGAAGAUGCAAAAGGGGACAGGACUCUGCUUUUUUUAAUGGUUGUGUAAGGGAGAGAAUGGCAACGGGUUUAAUUUGUCAUGCAACUUAUACACCGGCUGAAGUUCCUCCUUCUUCUCUACUAUUAAAGGUGCAGGAACCUUGUCCCUUUUUUUUUGCAUCUGAUCACCCUAGAUGCAAGUAAGAGUCGCCUAGACUCCAAGGUGCAGUUGCCGGCACCCUCUGCCAACCCCGUAUGCACUGGCUAUUUGUCUUCUAUGUUCCUCUUCCUGUUCAAAACGUGAAUUCUCUGCAGCCAGAAGGUAACACUCAACGGUUGAGUAGACCAAAGUCUAUACAAUACACUGAAAGCCUGUAUUCCAAAAGAAAAAAGGGGAGGCGGGUAGAUAACAUUGGUUAUGUAGUCAUUAUUCUAGAUAAACAUAUGGCAUCAUAGAUUCAUUUGUGUAACAAUAAAUUCCUUUGUCACAUAUAAACGUA